AUGUUCUUAAUGUUCCUGUGGACAAUUUUGGUAGCUCCAGUGUUCGAGUACCUUCAAUUGACAGUGAAAUUAUGUGAUUUACCGCCGUUAGUCUAUUUCUUAAGAGGCUACGUGAAAGAUCAAGUCUAUGCAGAUAAUCCACGCUACAUUGAAGCCUUGAAAACCAACAUCCGAGGCGUGGAAUUAUCGUCGAACGAUUCGAUCGCUAUGGUUCUGACAGUGCAACAAAUAUGGGACCAAACGCCAGGUGGGGUGUGGGUUUACCUCGUCGUUAUAGCGAGUAUUUACAUUCUCUACAUUCUGAAGAGCUACAUCAGAAGCGUGUUAUUCGUUUCGCGACUUAAUGGUCCGAAAACAGUUCCGAUCUUGGGGAACGCGAGAUGUGUUCUCAACGAUAAUCUACUUCACAGACUGGCAAACGAGAAUCAAACAUAUGGCCGCGUCAUCAGGAUAUGGUUGACGGGGCUGCCGUACGUGAUGGUGUUGGAGCCAGAGGACAUCCAAGUGAUCCUCAGCAGUAUGAAGCACACGCGGAAAAUAUUUUUCUACAAGUUGCUCGACAAUUUCCUCGGGAAAGGAUUAAUCACGAGGGACGUGGAGACCUGGCGAACGCACCGGAAGUUUCUGCAGCCGGCGUUCCAUCUUCACAUCCUCGAGAGGUUCACCAAUACAUUCGCCGAGUGCGCGAAUAAUCUGAUGAACGAAUUCGUUGAUAAGGACAACCAGGAGAUCAAUAUCACCUCGUUCAUAAACGAUUCCGUUUACGAUAUUUUAAGCGAGACGGUUUUGGGAAUAAAUCGAGGGAGUCGAUACACGCGCGACAUAGCCGCGGAUGAUGAUCUCCCCUUCAGAAAGGGACAGAUCAUGCUUCUCUAUCGAUUGGUGAGACCUUGGUUAUUAAUCGAAUGGAUCUAUCGAUUGACCAAGCACGGGAAACAGGAGGAGAAACAGCGAAAGGACCUUUUUGACACAUGUUUCAAAAUGAUGAAGGACAAACGGGAACAGUUGCGAAAUAAGGACGAUUCCGUUAACGACGGGACGAGGAUAUCUGAAAGAAUGUCGUUGCUCGAGUAUAUGGUGGAGAUGAACGAGAAAAAUCCUUGCUUCACCGACGAGGACAUCGUCGAGGAGUGUUGCACGUUCAUGCUGGCUGGCCAGGACUCGGUCGGCACCGCGACCGCCAUGACGUUGUUCCUUUUAGCUAAUCAUCCGGAAUGGCAGGAGAGGUGUAUCGAGGAGAUGGACCGAAUCUUCGACGGGGACUCGUCGAGGCAGCCCACGAUGAAAGACCUGAAGGACAUGAGAUGCUUGGAAAUGUGCAUCAAAGAAUCCCUCAGAUUGUACCCGAGUGUACCGAUUAUUGCGAGGAUACUUGGUGAAGAUGUGAAAAUAGGAAAACACGUGAUACCAGCGGGUUGCGGCAUUUUCAUGUCACCCUACAGUACGCAUCGUUUGGCACACCACUUUCCCGAUCCUGAAGCAUUCAAACCUGAACGCUUUAGCCCAGAGAACUCCGAGAAGAGACAUCCUUAUUCUUACUUGCCUUUCAGCGCUGGACCUAGAAAUUGCAUUGGAUACAAGUUCGCGAUGUUGGAAAUGAAAUCCAUGAUCAGUGCUAUCCUUCGAAAGUGCCAGUUACAAUCGGUUCCCGGGAAGGAGGAAGUGCGACCGAAAUUUCGAAUGACGAUCAGAGCGCAAGGUGGACUUUGGGUUAAAGUUGUGGCGCGUGAUCAGAAAUCAAAAAACCUAUGUAGUUAA